GGCCGGCAUGGGCGGCACGCAGAGCGUGUUCACCGCGGCGCAGCUGGAGGAGUACCAGGACUGCACCUUCUUCACCAAGAAGGAGAUCAUGCGGCUCUUCUACCGCUACCAGGACCUGGCCCCACAGCUUGUGCCCCUGGACUACACCAGCGGCCCCCGCGUGAAGGUGCCGUACGAGCUCAUUGGGAGCAUGCCAGAGCUGAAGGACAACCCCUUCCGCCAGAGGAUCGCGCAGGUCUUCUCCGAGGAGGGCGACGGUCACAUGACCCUGGACGACUUCCUGGACAUGUUCUCGGUGAUGAGCGAGAUGGCGCCCCGGGACCUGAAGGCCUACUACGCUUUCAGAAUCUACGACUUCAACGACGACGACUACAUCUGCGCGGGGGACCUGGAGCAGACGGUGCGGAGGCUGACGCGGGGCGAGCUGAGCCCUGAGGAGGUGCGGCUGGUGUGCGAGAAGGUUCUGGACGAGGCUGAUGGGGACCACGACGGGCGGCUGUCGCUGGAGGACUUCCAGAACAUGAUCCUGAGGGCGCCCGACUUCCUCAGCACCUUCCACAUCCGCAUCUGACGCUCACGAGGAGAGGCCCGGGAGGCCCCCGCGGACACUCCCAGAGCUGUGAGAAUAAACAGUCACACCUGC